AGAAACACCAGCAUAGAGCAGGAACUGUGAGCUUUUUAUUUGGGCCAUUGAAUAAAGUUUUUCUCCCUUAUUUUACCUUAACUCAGCAAUUUGUCAUGCUCUCCAGAGGAAAACAAAUGGGCCGCUCUCAUUCAAAUUUGACCUGUGUGAAACUCUAUCUGUGCUCCAACCCAGAGGAUAGCAUUGUGGAGCGCAGAGCUCUGCGAGAGAGUGUGUUCCCCGAACUUCGAGAGCAGUGCAGAAAAACCCUGGGACUGGAUGUCAGGGUGAUAGACCCAUUUGAGUCCAGUGAUCCCAGCCGUUGGCCAGAUGAAAACACAAGACAGCAGCUGAUUAAAGAAUGCAGAAAGAACUCCGCAGGACCUUUUUUACUGGCCCUGGUCGGACAUCAGUAUGGCACAGCCAGCCUGCCCGCCCAGGUGGAGGUGUCAGAGUACCAGCUGCUGCUGCAGGAGAGCCAGCGAGCGGGCGUCAGCACCCAGGAGCUGGAGAGAGAGUACCAGAGGGACGAGAACACCAACCCUGCCUCCUACUGCCUGAAGCCUCGAAACCGACACACCUGCUGUCCCCAGGCAGAGGUUAAAGCGGAAGAGGAGGCUGAAGAAGAGGAGCUGAGGAAGAUGUUUCAGUCCACUGUGAGUCUGUGUGUCCACACUGGUGUCAUGAGCCCGGAGAGGGCUCGUAGCUACUACAGAUCAGCCCUCGACGCAGAUCUGAGAUUUGCUCUGGACAACCGUCCUCCUGAUGACAUCAUCAGACGCUGCCUGGUUUACGUUCACAGGGUCAUUGAUGCAAAAGGAGAGAGAGAGAAGGGACUGAUGAAGUCACAACUUCAGCCACCGUCGGAGGCCACUACGUUUGACCUCAGGACAACGCCCACUGAUUCAUACUUAUUGUCAGAGCUUUGUGACGACUUCCUUCCGGGUCUCAUCACUUCCUCUCAGCUUCUAGUCUACAUCACCACCACAAAGUGUGACUGUCGCCAUGGUUACUCGACAGCCAGGCGGCGAGGCUAUGCCGAGUCUCUAUGCCAGCAGGUGUACUCGGACCUUGUGGGGUUGAUUGACAGCUCGAGCGUCUUAGAAAGCAGUGACGGCUCUCAGCUCGGUGAUGCUUUGACCAGAGAGCAGGCUGAGCAGGAGGAGCUGUGUGGCACCCUGUCCCGACUUUACGACAUCAUACGGCCAGAGGAGGAAGAGGUCAGAGCCUUUGUGGAGCAGAGCGCACCACAGUGCCCACUAGUGGUGACAGGAGGACCGUGCACAGGGAAGACUGUUCUGCUUGCACAUUGUGCUCAACAAAUAAAGUCUUGGCUACCAGACUGUGAUCCUGUGGUGAUCAUUUAUUUUUGCAACCUGUCAAUCAACCCUUCCCCAAGGCACUUGUUGUCGAGCCUGUGUUAUGAACUCAGCGUUAGAUAUCACAGCGAAUCUUCCUCUGAGCAGAAUCCCAGCAACAUGGACGAUCAAAGCUGUACCACUAACCUCCGAGACUUCAAUCCCAACUGUAGCUCGACAUCCAACUUUUCUCUCUCUGAGCUAAAAGAGCGUCUCUCAUCCCUUCUCACCUUCAUGCCCUCGACCAAAAAACCUCUAGUUCUAAUCCUCGAUGGCCUGGACCAAAUGGAAAACAAUUUAGCACCCCCCGUCUUGGAGAGCCUCCCGUCUCCCAUUCCUCCCGGCGUCAAACUCAUCGUCACCGUCUCCUCCAACGGAACACAAGUCCUGCAAGCCAUCAACCCACAAAGAAGCCCACCUCAGUGUGUGUCCGAGGGCAGUGAGGAGUCAGGAUAUGUGUGUGUUCACCUGGGUUCGGUGGACAGGAAACAGUGUGUGAAGAUGUUGGCGUCACUGCUGAGCAGUUCGAAGAGGAGGGUGACAUCAGGGCAACAGGCGCUGGUGAACCAGGCUCUGACUUCCUGUUGUCUGGCUCUCUACGCUCGACUCUUGCACCUUCAAACCUCGCUCUGGCACUCUGAUUCAGAUGUGACUGAGUCGUCUCUCCCUGCUGGCGUCCACUCAUCCAUAUCGGUGCUGCUAGAUCACCUCGAGCAGAAACACGGCCCCUCCAUUGUGGUUCGGGCCGUCUCCUACCUCACCCUCUCCAGGACCGGGCUCACUGAGGUAGAGCUCGCCGACCUGCUGUCCCGUGAUCACAAAGUGCUGACUCAGUAUGUUCAGCAGGAUGAGAGCACUUCCUCCAAUAUCCCGCAAAUCGACGUGGAGACACUUCUGUUGGAUUUGAGGAGGUUUCUCAUCAAGAGGACAGUUGCAGGGUCACAUGUUUUGUUCUGGGUGAGCAGGCAUUUCAAGCUGGUGGUGGCUAAGAGGUGUCUGGGCACCCACGAGGUGAGGAGGGAGAUUCAUUCGGCCAUGGCGGACUAUUUCAGUGGCCAAUUGCCUUGUGGUAGAAGUGCAAAACCACUUCUUGGAAAACAAAAACCUGGACCAAACAAGGACAUCUCCCAUAUGGAAUUAUGCAUAGAUAGGGAGCCACCCAGUGUAGAAGCACAUGGCCAUACGUUUGUUUUUUCCUCUUCUUUCAAAGAGGUUGGCCGAGUGAACAUGAGGAAGGUCUUAGAAUUACCGCAUCACUUCCAAGAAAGUGACCAAUGGGGGAAGUUGGAGCAUGGGCUGUUAAUGUCUGUGAGAUUUCACCAGGCCAUGGUUCGAGCAGGACUACUGGCAGAUCUGGUAGCCAUGUUAGAGAGUGAGGAGGGGUCAUCCCACUUCUGUUUCUCAAGGGAAAAAGCCCUCCUGGCAAGCAUACUGAAGUCCUGUGCUUGCCUGCUGCAGAGCUCACCACUGCACCUGCCCUCUGUGAUGGAGAGGGGCCUCCUGCCUUAUCUGGAGGUCUUUCCUGGGCUCAAAGGUUAUGCCAGAGAGAUCAGACAGGAGAGGAGGAGGGUUGGAAGCGGAUUAGGAGUAUCGCUUUGCCCUGCUCCCUUAUCUGUUCCCCCCAUUCAGUGCUUAACGUGUGAUGCCAAAACCAAGGAUGGCUCGGUUAGAGAAGUAGCCGGGACAGAGUUUGGGAUUGUAGUAGAGAUCAUGGAUGAUGGCACGGCUUGGAUUUGGAAAGGCUUCAGGUAUGAUGCCGUCAAACUAUCACUGAGCAGUGAGCAGAAGGAGACGACAUUCACAGGAGUGAAGAGCAGCGGCCAUUUCAUGUUGUUUUCCACACAAUGCAAGGAGCUUCUUUUGUGGGAUGUGACAGGCCCAGAAAUGUUUCUGCAGGUUAAAGACCAAACGAAAGCAGAGUUGAGCCAAAAAACAGCAAACAAAGUUGAGGGGUUUGUUGCAUAUCAGAAAAGGGUAUUUAUGUGGUGGAAAGGUGAGAGUUUUGUGAGUUUGUUUGAUGUCUCCAAUGAGACAUUGACUCAUUUCCAGUGUCAGAGCUGUGUGACCUGUUUGGUUUGCUCCUCUAAUGGCUUUUACAUGUACUGUGGGCUGGAGGGAGGCACACUGUCCAUAUUUGACACCAACACCGGCAGCUUCCUUGGCACUUGCUCAAACUCCAACCACAAUGUGAUUACAUCAAUGAUCCUCCGUGAAGAUAAGUGGGAAAUGGCAUGUGUUGACAGGACAGGAAGUGUAAGCCUAUGGGAUGUGGCAUCCAAAAUAAACCCACCCAGACUUAUCAGAGAAAUCUUUAUUGGAGGUGAAUGUAAUAACAUCCUCAAUAUCGAUUACUCACAUGAAAUUGGCACUUUAUUGGUGUGUCAAUCUCACCAGAUUGCACUGUGGGACACAUGUGACUGGAAGCUGUGGGACCUGUUUCUGGUUCCACAUGGGAGGGCCUUCACUCAAGCUGUGCUCUCCCAAGAGGGCCACCUUUUCCUGGCGUUGUUGGAUGCCUGUCCCUUUGUCUUGGUGUGGAGGCUCAGCACAGGGGAGUGCGUUCUCUCCUUAGAAACAAACAAAGAGCCACGUACACUCCUCAAGAUGGCCUCAGGUGUUGUUUGUGUCACUCACGAUGGCUGCCUGACAGUGUGGGACUCUGGGAUGAUAGAUGCUGCAGGCGCAGCUCCGAAAAUGGGGUGCGGAGUGAAAGAAGUGGUGGUUGAACAAACAGGGGAGUGCUUCUACACCUCUGAUGGGUCAGAGACGGUGUGGAGAUGGAGAUUAGAAACGGGGCUCCCACAUGUUAACUUCCUACAUGACGGACCUGUGGGAAAACUCUGUCUUUCUCCGGAUGACGUUCACCUUGUGACACUCUCAGCAGGGGAAAUAUACGUCUGGCAGACAGAAACCGGUCAGAACAUCCUGCGUAUGAGUGGCAGCAGAGCGACAAACAUCCUGAUCACCCCCAACAGUAACUUUGGGGUCAGCAUUUCUGAGCGAGGGUUGUCUCGGGUUUGGAAGCUGGCACAGGGGAGCAUUGUGUGCAGCAUACACCCACACCUCUCUGACGCCAAGGUGUCGCCUGCAAGCACCUUUCUUAUCGGCCGUCACCGGGGAGACCUGCUAUCUGCCAGCCUGUGGUCGGGCUCGAUCAGCAAGCGUUUCUCCCGCGCUGAAAGCUCAGAACACGUUGUUGCUUUCCACACACUUUCAGAGCACCCGGACUUCGUGGUGGUGAUGGCCGCCUCAGGGGCGGUGUACACCUGGAAAGUAGCAGAGGAGACGGUGUGCCAGCACUUCCAGCUGCCAUAUCGGUUUCACUGUCAGCCACAGGACUUCCAAGUAGCCUCUGAUGGGAGCUACGCCCUGCUGUCCACUGAUAAUGAGGCCAUCAACCUUUUGGACUUAUCUCAGGUCAGACUGUGUUCAAUCAACACUGAGGGUCCAGUCAUUAAGGCUUAUUUGGAUAAAACGGGAUGCUAUGCUGCCUACAUUUACCGCCCCACCACCACCACCACCCUGCAGAAAAACUGCCUCUGUUACCAGCAAGCGAGGCCCGUCCUCACAGUUGUACGACUGGCAGACGGGGAAAGAAUAGGAAGUGUGUGUCUGGCGAAGAAUCCGUUGACUUUGGUUGUUUGCGAGCGGCAGCGUGUGUUUGUGGGAUUUGAGGACGGGUCGGUAGGUGUGUAUUCUAUUUCAGAUGGGAUGAUCAACGGGGAAGAGUCGGUCAGGAGAAGAGAGAAUUUUAGUGGUCGGUUUGACAGAGCAUUCAGGUGGUUACCACAAGCAACCGCCAAUAUUACAUGGCAUUAAGAUUAUUAUACACGGUUGUUGGACUGUGUUUUCAAAAUACAGAUGAUAAAUAUGCUAGCACACAAAGAGCAUUUGUGUGUAUUAUUGUGUGCUGUAUAUUGGACUAUAAAUAGAAAGAUACUGCAUGUGUCUGUGUUUCCACUUCAGGAGAAACUGCAGCAGCUUUGGUUUCAGUUUCACGAAUAUAUGACUGGAUGAUGAAGAUGAUAAUGCACCUCACUGCAAAAACAUCUACAAAGCAUUUCAGUUUCAUUUCUGUGAAAAACAAAAUCAUUACCUGACCGCUUUGAGCCAUAGCUACUGCAUGUAUUGUUACCACAGUUUGACACGUUUGAUGUAAUCAUAACAUAAUGUUGGA